AUGAUACUAUACCAAGCUGUAGUACCGAAUCCAGCGACUCUGCGGGAGGUGGCGAGCCUCGCCACAAAAGCCGCCGUCGCCACGCGCCUGAGCUCAUCUCGCCUCCUCUUCGGUGCGGCCCGCUUCCGCAGCGGCGCCCUCCUCUUCGGUGCGUGCCGUUUCCGCAGCGGCGCGAGCGGCCGGCGCGUGGCAGGCACCGCCUCUGUGAGCCAGGCCGAGGUCGAGGUGUGGGCGGCGAGGAUCGCCGCGCUUCCGCCCGAGCUGAUUGAGCAGGAGACGCUCGAUGACAUCGGACGGCUGCGGCUCGGGCGGCAAAAAGGAGUCUACAACCCAAAGUCAUCCAGCCUGCGGCGGGCCUACGACUGCUCUGCUUCGCUCGUCGGCGGCGUCCUCUCGCACCGCGACCCGCUCCCAGACCUCGACCACCACGUCGACCCGCGCGGAGACCCGGUGCCCGAGGUGGCGCUCGCGGGGCGGUCGAACGCGGGCAAGUCGUCUCUGCUCAACGCGAUGACCGGCCUCAAGCCCGGCCCCGGCUCCGCCUCCGUCUCCGCGCGGCCGGGCUGGACCCGCUCCGUGCAGCUCUUUGAGAUGGCCGAGGCGGACAGCGGAGAGGCGGUGCUGCUGCUCGCCGACCUGCCCGGGUACGGGCCGCUGCCGAACACGCCGCCCAAGGAGCGGACCGCGUGGGCCCGGCUCACCCGCCACUACCUCAAGCGCGCCCGCCGCCUCCGCUCCGUCUUCGUGACCGCGGACGACCACGCGUUCAUGGAUGCGCUCGACGAGCUGCAGCGACCCUUCCACGCGGACCUGCUGCCGCCAGCCGAGCUCGCCGCCUCGAACGUCCUCGUGCGCGCCGACGCGUCGCGCCACGAGAGCUACGCGGGCGGAGACGUGCCGAUGUGCUCCUCGCGGAGCGGCGCCGGGGUGCAAGAGCUUUGGGGGAGGCUCAAGCUCGGCGUCGAGCUCACCGCGGCGGGGGAUUCCUCACCCAGCUUCCGUUUCUGCCUAAUCGAUCUGAUUCUGUCCGUCCGAUUCUCGCCUUAUCAGAUUCUGUCGCGCGGCGGCCUCCCAUUCCCGCGGGCGCUUGGUGCCGGGGUUUGA